AUGGCAGACAACACGAAUCGCGUGGUGGACAUCCACACACACAUGUACCCUCCAGUAUAUGUCAAGAUGCUGGAGGGCCGCACGACAAUUCCUCUUGUCCGCAAGUUCGUGCAGGACCCCGAGCCGCGCCUCAUCCUGCUCGCCUCUGAGCUCGAGGCCCUCGACAAUGCUCUCAAGGAUCCCACGGCUAAGCCUCCUGGUCGCCCGCUCACGUCUCACUACGCCUCUGUGGACCAGAAGCUGCACUUUAUGAAGACCAACCGCAUUGAUGUGUCGGUUGUGUCGCUAGCUAACCCGUGGCUCGACUUCCUCGAGAGCAGCGAGGCAGGUGGCAUCGCCAAGGAAAUCAACGAGGGAUUCUCAACCAUGUGUGAGGAGCACUGUGGAAAGCUCUACUUCUUUGCCACUUUGCCAUUGACUGCUCCUCUCGACGUCCUCAAGCAGUCGAUCCAAGAUGUCAAGAACCUCAAGCAUUGCCGUGGCGUGAUUCUUGGUACAUCGGGACUGGGCAAGGGACUCGAUGAUCCAAACCUGCUGCCCAUUUUCCAGGAGCUAGCUGAUGCCGAACUCAUCAUCUUCCUACAUCCCCAUUAUGGCCUGCCAAACGAAGUAUACGGUCCCAGGGCGGAGGAGUAUGGACACGUGUUGCCACUUGCUCUGGGCUUUCCAAUGGAGACAACCAUUGCCGUUGCACGCAUGUACAUGGCCGGUGUAUUUGACCAAGUGCGUGGCCUUCGCAUGCUGCUAGCUCACAGCGGAGGUACACUGCCGUUCCUUGCUGGGCGUAUCGAGAGCUGCAUCCUCCACGAUGGCGACCUCGUGCGCAACGGCAAAGUCCCCAAGGACCGACGAACAGUCUGGGAUGUGCUGAAGGAGCAGAUAUAUUUGGACGCGGUUAUUUACUCGCAAGUCGGAUUGCGUGCCGCCGCUGAAACCAGCGGUGCUGAUAGACUGAUGUAUGGCACCGACCACCCUUUCUUCCCGCCAAUUGAGUCAGAUAUCCAGGGCGAAUGGCACAGCGCAAUCUUCAAUGCGGACGCUGUCGAUUCGACGUUUGGUAAAGAAUCAGACGUAGCUAGGGCCGUCAUGGGUGGUAAUGCGAUUCGGGUUCUGCGCUUAGAUGAGGAGUAG